GGACAUCAGGGGACCAGCCUGGAGGGAGAACAGCGACUCCAGAACACCCUGGAAAUAGCUCCCAGAAAAGCAAGCAGCCAGCCAGGCAGGUUCUGUCCCUCUAGUGCAUCUCCCUCUGGAAAGGACACCAUGAGCACAGAAAGCAUGAUCCGCGACGUAGAACUGGCAGAGGAGGCACUCCCCAAAAAGGCGUGGGGGCCCCAGAACUCCAGUCGGUGCUUGUGCCUCAGCCUCUUCUCCUUCCUGCUCGUGGCAGGGGCCACCACGCUCUUCUGUCUGCUGAAUUUUGGGGUGAUCGGCCCCCAAAGGGAAGAGAAGUUCCCCAACAACCUCCCCAUCAUCGGCUCCAUGGCCCAGACCCUCACACUGAGGUCGUCUUCUCAAAAUUCGAGCGACAAGCCUGUAGCCCACGUUGUAGCAAACCACCAAGUGGAUGAGCAGCUGGAGUGGCUGAGCCAGCGUGCCAAUGCCCUCCUGGCCAAUGGCAUGGAUCUCAAAGACAACCAGCUGGUGAUACCAGCAGACGGGCUGUACCUCGUCUACUCCCAGGUUCUCUUCAAGGGCCAAGGCUGCUCCAACUAUGUGCUCCUCACCCACACCGUCAGCCGCUUUGCUGUCUCAUACGAGGACAAAGUCAACCUCCUGUCUGCCAUCAAGAGCCCCUGCCCCAAGGAAACCCCCGAGGGGUCUGAGCUCAAGCCCUGGUACGAGCCCAUCUACUUGGGAGGGGUCUUCCAGCUGGAGAAGGGUGACCGACUCAGUGCUGAGGUCAAUCUGCCCAAAUACCUAGACUUCGCAGAAUCCGGGCAGGUCUACUUUGGAGUCAUUGCUCUGUAAGGCAGAUGGAUGGCCAUCCAUUCUCUACCCAGCCCCCGUGUUGACCCCUUUAUUGUCUACUCCUCAGAGCCCCAGUCCAUCUCCUUCUAACUUAGUAAGGGAAUUAUGGCUCAGGGUCAGACUCUGAGCUCAAAAUGUUCAACAACUAUAACACUCAGAAACACAAGAUGCAGAUAUAAUGGCCCGGACUGUGGGGUUCCCAUGAACCAUCAUCAAGGAUUCAAAUGGGCUUCCAGAAUUCACUGGAGCCUCACAUGUCAAUUCCUGAGUUCUGCAAAAGGGGAUCAGGCUACCUCUGGCUCAGAUUGCUGCUGGAGAAGAUCUCAGGCCUUCCUAUCUUCGGAUGUUUCCAGACGCUUCAGCGCCCAGCCUUCUUCACAGAACCAGCCCCCUCUAUUUAUGAUUGCACUUAUGAUUAUUUAUUUAUUAUUUAUUAUUUAUUUAUUUGCUGAUGAAUGUAUUUAUUUGGAAGGCCAGGGUGUCCUGGAGGACCCAGUGUUGGGAGCUGUCUUGAGACAGACUUGUUUUCUGUGAAAACAGAGCUGAACUUUCAGCUCUUCCCACCUGGCCUCCUGGCCUCCUUGCCUCCUUUUUGCUUAUGUUUAAAACAAAAUAUUUAUCUAACCCAAUUGUCUUAAUAAUGCUGAUUUGGU